AUGUACGAGGCUGGGAAACUAGCCAACACAAUACAUGAAAUGGACAGAUUGAAGAUAUCCAUCCUAGGAAUAAGCGAAACCUGGUGGCCAGGAGCAGGAGAAUGUAACACGGAAAACAAAAGAUUUUACUACUCAGGUAACAAUGACAGGGACCACAGAAGAGGUGUAGGGGUCAUAGUCACCAAAGAAAUAGCUGGAAGUGUUACUGACUUUGUUCCGUACUCAGACAGAACAAUGUUAUUAAAAAUUCGAACAAAGCCGCUUAACAUCAACAUAAUUCAAGUGUACGCCCCAACUCUCGAUAGAGGCGAUGACGAAGUGGACAAAUUUUAUGGCGAGAUCAAGGAACUUCUAGGGUUAACCAAGCCACACGAAAUCAAUAUAAUACAAGGCGAUUUCAAUGCGAAGAUCGGUUCUUUACAAGCAGACCAAAUUGUCGGUCCAUAUGGAUUGGGUGAUAGAAACCAUAGGGGAGAUCGACUGGUACAAUUUUGCCAAGAAGAGAACUUUAAAAUAACAAACACUUGGUUUUCGUUACCCCCUAGAAGACUUUAUACAUGGAGAUCACCUCAGGAUAAUAAAGAUAACAUCGUUAGAAAUCAAAUCGAUUUUAUACUGAUAAACAGGAGAUUUGGCACAUCACUCAAGCGAGUCUGUACAUACCCGGGCGCCGACGUGCCAUCCGAUCACGUUCUUCUUUUGGCUUCCUAUAAAGUAAAGCUUUCACUUGUUAAAAGACAGCAACGAAAACCUCAGUUAGCUAUUGAAAAACUAAAAAACGAAGAAGUAAGGACGACUCUGCAACAAAAAUUAAAUGAUGGACUGGCGAGACUGCAAGAGACGAUUGGAGAAUAUCAAGUCGACAAUAUAUGGGAUAGCUUGAAGAAAACCAUGAACUCUGUUUCUCAGAACAUACUAGGAUACCGUCAGUCUGUUCCUAAGAACAAAUGGAUGACAGAGGAAAUUCUACGACUGAUGGACGAGAGACAAUUAGAUCUGAAAUCAGAAAAGCUAAAAGAAAGUGGCUAG